GCAUGUGCCUCACAUACACACCGCCCGCGCGCUCCGGCUGGGUGGCAAGGAGGGCAAUGCUGCCUUGAGCCCGGGACUGCUGCCAGGCGCUUCCUUGGUGGGUUGCGAUGGCAGUAAUAACAACCCACUCGCUGCGCGAAAGGCACCGCUGGAGCCCAGGCGUUUGGUUACUGCUCUUCUUUUCAGCGUCCCCCUCGGCGCGCGGUCGCGUGCGCGCGCCCACGCCUUCCCGCUUUCCCUGCAGCUGCAGCCCUGGACAGAGCAGCCCUUCUUCUGCCGCCUGAGGCAGGGGUCUUUGCUCCCCUUCGCAGCGACGCCCACCACUCUGGGGCGCGCGGGAGCCGAGAACGCGCACUUCUCCUGCCGCCGACUCCGCCCGCUCCUUUCGCCUUCCGUCAGUCGGAGCGGCUCUGCCGGUUGCUGCUGCUGCUGCUGUUCCCGGCUGGAAGUUUGGCUGGCAGCUCCGGCUCCUCAGGCAGCCGCCGAGAGCCCAGCUCGGAGCCGGAGACGCAGGGCCAGCCGCAAACCGCUUUGGCGCUCUCCUUUCUCCUCAGCCCGACGGACACGCCGCCGCCGUCUCCACCUGCAGCAUGCUGAAAGUCACCAUGCCCUCUUCCUCGUCGUCUUCGUCGUCUGCUGCCUCGGGUAGGGCUCCGGCUGCUGCUCCUGCUGGCCCCGCUGCCGCCGCCGCCGCCCCCGACUACUGGAUCGACGGCUCCAACCGAGACACCUUGGCGGAUUACUACGAGCUGGAGUCGGAGCUGGGACGGGGUGCUACAUCUAUUGUGUACAGAUGCAGGCAGAAGGGAACACAGAAACCCUACGCUGUCAAAAUCCUGAAGAAAACUGUGUUGACUGCUGAGAAUCUCUGUGUAACUCUAAAGAAGUUGUUCCAAGAACAGGUAGAUAAGAAGAUUGUUCGGACAGAAAUAGGAGUUCUACUUCGACUUUCACAUCCAAAUAUUAUAAAACUGAAGGAGAUAUUUGAAAGCCCCACAGAAAUCAGCCUUGUCUUGGAACUGGUCACAGGAGGAGAACUGUUUGACAGGAUUGUGGAAAAGGGAUAUUAUAGUGAGCGAGAUGCUGCUGAUGCUGUGAAACAAAUCCUGGAGGCAGUUGCAUACCUGCAUGCCAAUGGAAUUGUUCACCGUGAUUUAAAACCAGAAAAUCUACUGUAUGCAACACCAGCUCCAGAUGCACCUUUAAAAAUAGCCGAUUUUGGACUUUCCAAGAUUGUUGCAGAUCAAGUAACAAUGAAAACAGUCUGUGGAACUCCAGGGUACUGUGCACCAGAAAUUCUACGAGGAUGUGCCUAUGGCCCAGAAGUAGACAUGUGGUCCUUGGGUAUAAUCACCUAUAUCCUUCUCUGUGGCUUUGAACCCUUCUAUGAUGAAAGAGGAGAUCAGUAUAUGUACAAGAGGAUUCUGAACUGUGAAUACGAUUUUGUUUCCCCCUGGUGGGAUGAUGUCUCUCUAAAUGCAAAGGAUUUGGUUAAGAAGUUAAUUGUGCUGGAUCCCAAGAAGCGUCUCAGUACAUUUCAAGCUUUACAGCACCCCUGGGUCACAGGAAAAGCAGCUAAUUUUGCUCAUAUGGAUACAGCCCAAAAGAAACUGCAAGAAUUCAAUGCUCGGCGUAAACUAAAGGCUGCAGUGAAAGCUGUUGUUGCAUCAACUCGUUUGGGAAGCGCAAGCUGUCAUGGCAGCCACGACAGCAGUAAGCCUAGCCAAAACGAAUCUCCAAGUCAAGAAUGCGAUCUGGAGGAAAAAGUGGAGGAAAAAAUAGAACAGACAACCUUCCCUGAACCUCAGAGAGUGGGCCUUCCACCAGCAGCAUCAGAAGGAGAGUCUUAGGCCUUGGGGUAUCUUACCCCAGAUCUGAAAUUUCAUGCCCCAGUCAAGUUACCAUUCAGCAAGAAAGAAUUAGAGUCAUGGCUCCUCUGGGGGCUUUGUUAUGAAGUGCAAAAUGCACCAGCUGGUGAUCUUAACCAAUGCAUGUGACUGCUUCUGAAAAAUAGUAAACAGUCUUUUGUUGGCAUGCCAUGGACAAAGUGAUAUUUACAGUAACACCAACAAAUGAAAUGGAGAAGGGAGAGUGUGUAACACUCCACAUGAUCAACACAUAUGUUGUGUAGAGUGUUUAUUGCUAGCCGAAAUGAACUGUUAUGACUUACAAAAAAAAAGCAUUUCAUAGAGAUCAUGACAUUUCUUCAGGAUUCUUCCUUUAAGACUCAUUAUCAGCCUCUAGUAUGAUGGGCAUAAUAUCCACCAUUUUUUUAAAAAAAACCCUGCAUUCGAAACAUUUUACGUAUUCACCAGUGAUAUUUUACAAACUGUUUACAAAUGCGAACAGAUUUAUAUGCAAAAACAUUCCACUAAUUCAAGACGGAAAAAGUUUUUUUUCAGAUGGCUAUGAAAUGUAUGUGCUCCUAAAACUGGUGUUAAGAAUGCCUUACUCUAUUGAUAACCAUUUAUGUACAGUGUUUUGAUGAUAAAUGUCUGCCAUUUCAACACCUAUUAUUAUAUUAAAACCACAAUGUUAAGGUUAUUUAUUACACAAUCAGAGAAGAUAGGUGCAGCUUUUUAAAGAUAGAAUUGUAAUUAGUCAUGACUGAAACUGUGCAGCUGUUUGUAUAAUUGGGAAUUAUCAGUCUACAAUUAUAAAACUGUUCCAGGAAAA